CGCAGCCGGAGCCGGAGCCGCGCGGGCGGAGGGGACUGCGCAGGGCCCGCCUGGCCGGGGCUGACACCCGCUCCUUCGCCGUCCAGCACCCCAGGGACCUCGGGGCUCCCGGGCUGCCCUCCCGGAGCACCGGUGGGCGCGGCCGGAGCGAGAAGGAAUUGUGAUAUUCUUCCUCAGCACCCCCUACCUCUGUUUGCUGAAUACUGACCAUAACUACUCUCGGCUAUUGGCAUCAUCCUGAGUAAAAGACUGUUUCAAAAAAUCAGGAACUAUUAAGGAUACUCCAGGCCCAGUGGCUCUUCUGAAGAGCAAUGCUAAGGAGACUUUCAGUUUAAAGAAUUAAAAGGAAGAACAAUUUCAAAUAAGAAGGUCUUCAAAGCUCGCUGCGUGAAAAUUAUUUAAACGUUGCACACACAGCUUUUGUGAAAGAAGAAAAGAAAUUCGGUUGGUGAGUCUCAGCAGGAGUUAAGCUAAUGCAGCUUAAAAUAAUGCCGAAAAAGAAGUGCUUAUCUGCAGGCAGAGUGCCCCUGAUUCUCUUUCUGUGCCAGAUGAUUAGUGCACUGGAAGUACCUCUUGAUCCAAAACUUCUUGAAGGCUUGGUACAACCUCCAACCAUCACUCAACAGUCACCAAAAGAUUACAUUAUUGACCCUCGGGAGAAUAUUGUAAUCCAGUGUGAGGCCAAAGGAAAACCUCCUCCCAGCUUUUCCUGGACCAGAAAUGGGACUCAUUUUGACAUAGAUAAAGACCCUCUCGUCACCAUGAAUCCAGGGUCAGGAACCCUCAUAAUCAACAUCAUGAGCGAAGGGAAGGCAGAGACCUAUGAAGGAGUAUAUCAGUGUACAGCCAGGAAUGAACGUGGAGCUGCAAUUUCUAACAACAUUAUCAUCCGACCGUCCAGGUCACCACUGUGGACCAAAGAAAAACUUGAACCAAUAAUACUUCGAAAUGGCCAUUCUUUAGUACUGCCCUGUAGACCUCCAAUUGGAUUGCCACCACCUAUAAUAUUCUGGAUGGAUAAUUCCUUUCAAAGACUUCCACAAAGUGAGAGGGUGUCCCAAGGUCUAAAUGGAGACCUUUAUUUUUCCAAUGUUCUCCCGGAGGAUACCCGAGAAGACUAUAUCUGCUAUGCCAGAUUUAAUCACACCCAAACAAUACAGCAAAAACAACCUAUUUCUGUGAAAGUGAUUUCAGUGGAUGAAUUGAAUGACACUAUAGCUGCUAAUUUGAGUGACACUGAUAUUUAUGGUGCUAAAUCAAACAAGGAGAGGCCACCCACAUUUUUAACCCCAGAAGGCAAUACAAGUAACAAAGAGGAGCUCAGAGGAAAUGUCCUUUCACUGGAGUGCAUUGCUGAAGGACUACCUACUCCAGUAAUUUACUGGAUAAAAGAAGAUGGAACACUACCUGUCAACCGAACAUUUUAUCGGAAUUUUAAGAAAACUUUGCAGAUCUCUCACGUUUCUGAAGCUGACUCUGGAAAUUACCAGUGUAUAGCCCAAAAUGCAUUAGGAGUUAUCCAUCAUACCAUUUCUGUCACUAUUAAAGCUGCUCCAUACUGGAUCAUGGCACCUCAGAAUCUUGUGCUUUCCCCAGGAGAAGAUGGGGCCCUAAUCUGCAGAGCUAAUGGCAACCCCAAACCCAGAAUUAGCUGGUUAUUGAAUGGAGUCCCAGUAGAAAUUGCCCCUGAUGAUCCCAGUAGAAAAAUAGAUGGUGAUACCAUCAUUUUUUCAAAUGUUCAAGAAAGAUCGAGUGCUGUGUAUCAGUGCAAUGCUUCUAAUGAAUAUGGAUAUUUACUGGUAAAUGCAUUUGUGAAUGUGCUAGCCGAGCCACCACGAAUCCUUACAUCUGCGAACACACUGUAUCAGGUUAUUGCAAACAGGCCUGCUUUAUUGGAUUGCACCUUCUUUGGGUCUCCUCUACCUACAAUUGAGUGGUUUAAAGGAACUAAAGGUAGUGCUCUUCAUGGAGAUAUUUAUAUUUUACAUGAAAAUGGAACCUUAGAAAUCCCUGUGGCCCAAAAGGACAGCACUGGAACUUAUACAUGUGUUGCCAGUAAUAAAUUAGGAAUGGCAAGGAAUGAAGUUCACUUAGAAAUCAAAGAUCCAACAAGAAUCAUUAAACAGCCUGAACAUGCAGUUGUACAAAGGGGGAGCAUGGUGUCCUUUGAAUGCAAAGUCAAGCAUGACCACACUUUAAUCCCCACAGUCACUUGGCUGAAAGAUGGCAGUGAGCUGCCCAAUGAUGGAAGGUUUACCAUUGAUAAGGACAUUUUGGUGAUUGCUGAUGUAAGUGACGAUGAUGGUGGAACCUACAUGUGUGUAGCCAACACUUCACUGGACAUGGUCUCUGCCAGCGCUGUGCUUAGUGUUGUUGCUCCUACUCCAACUCCAGCUCCCAUUUACGAUGUUCCAAAUCCUCCCUUUGAUUUAGAAUUGACAGAUCAACGUGACCGAAGUGUCCAGCUAUCAUGGACCCCAGGCGAUGACAACAAUAGUCCUAUUACAGAAUUUAUUAUUGAAUAUGAAGAUACAAUGCAUGAUGCAGGAGUCUGGCACCACCAAACUAAAGUUUCUGGAGCAGAAACUACAGCCCAGCUGACAUUGUCGCCAUAUGUAAACUACUCCUUCAGAGUGAUGGCCGUGAAUAGCUUUGGAAAGAGCUUGCCUAGUGAGACAUCUGAGCAAUAUCUAACUAAACCUGCAGAACCGGAUACAAACCCCACCGCUGUGGAAGGAAUAGGAUCAGAACCUGAUAAUUUGGUGAUUACAUGGAAGCCCUUGAAUGGUUUUGAAUCUAAUGGCCCAGGUCUUCAAUACAAAGUUAGCUGGCGCCAGAAAGAUGGUGAUGAUGACUGGACAUUCAUAGUGGUGGCAAAUGUGUCCAAAUACAUAGUCUCGGGCACACCAACCUUUGUUCCAUACCUGAUCAAAGUCCAGGCCCUGAAUGAUGCUGGGUUUGCUCCAGAGCCAGCUGUAGUCAUGGGACAUUCUGGAGAAGACCUCCCAAUGGUGGCCCCUGGAAACGUGCAGGUGAAUGUGGUGAACAGUACCUUAGCUGAGGUGCACUGGGAUCCAGUACCACUGAAAAGUAUUCGAGGACAUCUGCAAGGCUAUAAGAUUUACUACUGGAAGGAACAGAAUUUACCUAAAAGAAACAGGCGCCACAUUGAGAAAAAAAUUCUGACUUUCCAGGGCAGCAAAACUCAUGGCAUGUUGCCUGGUCUAGAGCCCUUUAGCCACUACACUCUGAAUGUCAGAGUGGUCAAUGGAAAAGGGGAAGGCCCAGCCAGCCCUGACCAAGUCUUUAACACCCCAGAAGGAGUCCCCAGUGCUCCAUCAUCUUUGAAGAUUGUGAAUCCAACACUGGACUCUCUCACUUUGGAAUGGGAUCCACCAAGCCACCCAAAUGGCAUUUUAACUGAAUAUACCUUAAAAUUUCAGCCAAUUAACAACACACAUGAAUUAGGCCCUAUGGUAGAUUUAAAAAUUCCUGCCAACAGGACACACUGGACGUUAAAAAAUUUAAAUUUCAGCACACGAUAUAAGUUUUACUUCUAUGCACAAACAUCAGCAGGAGCAGGAAGUCAGAUAACAGAGGAAGCAGUAACAACUGUGGAUGAAGGUAAGAUUGCUGGUAUUCUUCCACCUGAUGUAGGUGCAGGCAAAGCUGCAAAUCCCAAGAUCAGCAAUCUUACUGCUGCAGCUGCUGAGACCCAUGCCAAUAUCAGUUGGGAAUAUGAGGGACCAGAUCAUGUGAACUUUUAUAUUGAAUAUGGUGUAGUUGGCAGCAAAGAAGAAUGGAGGAAAGAAAUUGUAAAUGGUUCUCGGAGCUUCUUUGGGUUAAAGGGUCUAAUGCCAGGAACAGCAUACAAAGUUCGAGUUGGUGCUGAGGGGGCCUCUGGUAUUGUGAGUUCAGAGGAUGUGUUUGAGACAGGCCCAGCAAUGGCAAGUCGUCAAGUGGAUAUUGCAACUCAGGGCUGGUUCAUUGGUCUAAUGUGUGCUGUUGCUCUCCUUAUCCUAAUUUUGCUGAUUGUCUGCUUCAUCAGAAGAAACAAGGGUGGUAAAUAUCCGGUUAAAGAAAAGGAAGAUGCUCAUGCUGAUCCUGAAAUUCAGCCUAUGAAGGAAGAGGAUGGCACUUUUGGAGAAUACAGCGAUGCAGAAGACCACAAACCUUUGAAAAAAGGCAGUCGAACACCUUCAGACAGAACUGUGAAAAAAGAAGACAGCGAUGAUAGCCUUGUUGAUUAUGGAGAAGGGGUGAAUGGUCAGUUCAAUGAAGAUGGCUCCUUUAUUGGACAAUACAGUGGUAAGAAGGAGAAAGAACCAGCUGAAGGCAAUGAAAGCUCAGAAGCACCUUCUCCUGUCAACGCCAUGAAUUCCUUUGUUUAAUUUGUAAACUCUUUGCCAAUAGCCCAUUUCUCUGGAAUGUUUAUCUUAAGCACUUGUUUGUCAUCUUUCUCAUACUAUGAACAUAGAUGCAGUCUUUUCUGCUGUAUGUUAAUAUUAUGAGAACUAAUCGGAAGAAGAAUGAAACUCAGUUAAAUGAAACAUUGAUGUGAACUACAGUACAAAGUGGAUACUUUUUCUUUGUUUUGUUUUUGACUACACCCAGCAAUGCUCAGAAGUUACUCCUGGCUCUGCACUCAGGAAUUACUCCUGACAGUGCUCGGGGGACCAUAUGGGGUGCCAGGCAUUGAACCUGGGUCGGCCACAUGCAAGGCCUUACCUGCUGUACUAUAUCUCUGGCUCUGGAUACUUUUUUAUUCCAAAUAGGUAUUCUUGAUUUUCUCAGAACUGGUAACAUCAACAGAUUGUGUUAUUUCUUCUUAAGGAUACCAUUCAAUAUGAUGCAUGAAAAUGCUACACAGCUAAACAACAUACCAGUGUAUGUUGUUAAAAGUAUGAUUUGUACUAUCCUCAGCUGAACCCCUAAAUAUGAAUUCCGUUUUCAUUGUCAAGAGUGUCACUGUAGUGUUCUCUAGAACUUCAAUGUCUUUGUGGACAUUGUUGUGAAUUGGUGACUCUAUGUUUAGCUGUCAGUAGUCUUUUUGGAGGACUGUUAGAAACAGUAUGUACAUUAUAUACUUGCUAAAAAGGAAAUUAUGACAGUUCCAUUUUCUGAUGCUUACUGAGACUCUGUUACCUGCUCUUUGCUCCUGUUACUCUGUAGACAUCUUAAUCUCCCGGGUAUUAUUACACAACCACAGUGUUCUAUCUAUUUACAUCAUUUCUAUGUUCAGUUGUUUUAGGCAUAAACAAUAUGUAUUGCAGUGAAUUUGGCAUUUGUGCCAUAUUGAAAGAACUGAAAAAUUAUCACUCAAAUUUCAAAAAAAAUUGAAUUUUCAGAAAGCACAGGGCAAGACACAAGCAGUGCCUUCAGACAAUAAGCAUUCUUAAUAUAAUGCUUCCUGUAUCAUUCGGUACAGUUGACUUGGAGUCCUAGAUUACUGUCAUGUUUAAAAAGUAACUUUUAAAAAGCAAAGCAAAGAUUAUGAAAACUGCAAUUCUGAAAAAAAGAGAAAUAUGAAAAUAAAAUGAAUAAGAUAGUUUUUAGGAGCAUUUCCCCUCUGGACACAAAGAAAAGCUUAAUCACCAACUGGAGUACAUGAUGAUUUUGUGGUCUCUUAUGGUUCCUAUUAAAAAUAAGAAAGAUUUCAAUAGGAUAGAAAAUUUAAUGAAACAUAAAUUGUGCUAAAACAAAAUAUAGACAAAAGUAUGCCAGCAGAAAUAUAUUCUCUAAUUCUCUUGAUAUGUGGCAGCUUCUGAAACUCUGCACAGCAUUCGACUGUGUGUACUCAAAUUGGUACAGACCCAUUUUCGAAUUGAAAAAUCAGGCAAGUGCUAACAAGGCCAACAGUUAAAGGGAUUACAUUUGCAGUUUUAAAAAUAAGCAUAUGUAUCCUAUCAUAUCCAUUAAUAAUAGUACAUGGUUUACCUCCAAAUACAAAAUUCUGUGACAACCUAUGGUUGAAGGAAUGCACAGUUUCAUUUGCCAAUAAAUUGGUUUUUCAUAACUUGCAUCAAGUUUAAUUUUAAGUAAAUCCUUUUAUAUGUAGAUAUUUUGUUGAAUUUGUAAAUACACUUAAAGUAUAGAUGCUAUAUGCUUUUAGGUGUUACAUGCAAAUAUACAUGCAAACAAUGUCAUGUUGUACCGUAUAAGAAAUAAGCUAAUUAGCGCAGUGUGUGGGAUUGGAACACAUCUGCUGCAAUACUAUUUGAGUUACUUCCCCUUUUUGCCAUGAAACUGAAAUAAUGAAAUGUUCUCCAUAUUGACAGCAGUUUUCCCGGUGAAAUCUUCAGAGCUUUGCCUAGGCUCCCUAGGCCUUGUCAACUGGCAUUUUUGAUAAUAUAGGUAAAGCACAGUUUAAGGAAAUUUCAGGUAACAGUGACCCUGAAUACUUUCAUGUCUCCAUAUUUGCUUUUUAUAGGCCAUCCUUUCUAUGGAAAUACAAAACUACAAAAUAGUCUUGCUUUGAUAUCAGAGAGCACAAAGAUAAAAGUGACUAAAUUUGCCAAUAUUUGAGGGGGAACGAUAAAAGUACAGUUUUUCUCUUCCAUAAUGGUAGAUUCUAAGUUUAUCAGUGCAUGAAGGGGUCACUUCUGUCAUAGUGCAAAAGAUUUUUGUAUUAAGAAUUGAAUGUGGUUUUAAAAGUCUCUCCUUUGUAAUUGAUCAUGUUCCUAGUGGAGUGUGACUGUGCAAGUAAUGCGAUAUGUAACUGUGCAGGCAGAUGUGACUGGACUUUCAUCAAAAAGUAACUGUAACUAUUAAACACUUUUGACCUCUC